ACCGACGUCAGUGCUGCUCCUGGGGAAGAUGGCGGAGGCUGCGGCUGUUCCCCCGCAUCGGUUCUUCUGCCACUGCUGUAAGGGAGAAGUGAACCCCAAGCUCCCGGAGUACAUCUGCCCAAGAUGUGAUUCGGGUUUCAUCGAGGAAGUAACAGAAGACUCCAGUCUCCUAGAGGGUGGCGCUAACGGGAUAGACGACACAGCCACACAGUUUGCAGAGCUAUGGCACCUCCUGCUGCUGGAGCGGCCGUUCACGACAGACGCCGACACCCCCGACUCGGAACCCCGGCUCCCCGGAGGACGCCUGGGGGGUUUCGGCGAGCUGGGAGGGCUGGGGGGCGGGCCGAUCGGGGGGUCCGUCCCGGCGGGCCUCGGGGGACCCAUGGGCGGCCUGCUGGGAGCCGGGGAGCACUGGGGGCCGGGCCGUCCUCCACGUCUGCACAGCCAGAGGAGGUACCGGUCCAGAGGCAGCAGUCGGCCCGACCGCUCGCCGGCUGUGGAGGGGAUUGUACAACAGUUUCUCGCCGGUCUCUUUGCCAACUCUGGGGUCCCCGGCUCACCUCCCCUCUCAUGGACGGGGAUGCUGCACUCUAACCCGGGGGACUAUGCGUGGGGGCAGGGCGGGUUAGACGCCGUCAUAACGCAGUUACUAGGUCAGCUGGAGAACACAGGACCUCCUCCAGCGGAGAAAGAGAAGAUCUCUUCCCUCCCAACGGUCAAUAUCUCUCAGGAACAAGCAGACUGCUGUAUGGAAUGUCCAGUGUGCAAAGAGGACUUCUCAGUGGGAGAACCAGUCAGACAGCUACCCUGCAACCACUUCUUUCAUUCAGACUGUAUAGUACCGUGGCUGGAAAUGCAUGACACGUGUCCAGUGUGUAGGAAGAGUUUGAACGGAGAAGACAGCAGCAGCCAGCCUUCGUCAGAGUCGCCCUCCCUGUCCAUGGACCCCCGAACACAGGAGAGAUGGUCCUUCUGAUCGCCCGCAUCUCCUCCUCCGUCGCAGUCAUAAUCAUCUCAGUCUGACUUCUUCUUCUUCUUCUUUUGUAUUUUUUAUUUUAACGCCUUUGUUCCUCCUCGACCAUGCACCCAUACAGACGUCUUAACAUCCCGCCGAGGUCGCCUCCAUCUCUCUUUCUUUGCCUAAUAACCAACCAGCCUAGAUCGAUGUUCAUCCAGUCUUCUCUACUUCCAGCAAACUCCCCCCUCGUUUUUCGUUAAACGUCCCGCCGCGAUGGUGGAUAAACGCCAGACGUUAGCUAAACCCUGCAGCUGAGCCGGACGCUUCACAGAAUGGGGACGACGCGAGCACCUGACGAAAAUGGGUUCAUGUGGUGUUUGUGUUCAGAUGGUGUCAGAAGGACUGAAGUUUGUUUAUGUAUUAUGGUAGUGUUUCAUUUUUGCAGGUGUUCGUGUUUUUGGUUUUUUUUUGUGUCCGUGCUCCCCCGAAACGAAAGCGUUUUACAGGAAUCGGUGGGUUUAAACAGAAGCUGUGACUUCGGAGGAAACAAACGGGACUCAAAUCACAAAACGGUAAAUCUCAAAAGUUUUCGGCCCCCCUUAAUCCAGAUCUCAUCUUCCUCCUGGUGUAAAUACUCCACACAGACGGCGUCCCUCCGUCGUCCUUUUAUUCCUCCGUUUAUCUUUGGUUUUUAUCACCUUUUUUUUUUUUCGAUGUAAAUAAUUUUAGUCCAACAACUUAAGGUUUGCAAUGGAAAAAAAAAAAACAACAAAACAAAACAUUGAGAAUGGAGACGCAAAUGUGAAAUACCUGGUUAUCAAACUGUAUAUUAUAUAUAUGAAAAAAAAAUGUCUAUGAUGUAUUAAUAAAUUGACAAAAAACAAACAUCA